CCGAGGAGGGGAGGGGAUGUUUCAAUGGCCGCCACUGGCGCUUCAAAAUGCGAAAGUCGGCAGUAUUUACUAUAGUUAAACCGCGUUUGAACACGCGAGCUUAGUUUCUUCGCUCACCGGCCAUUCCCUGGGAGCGUUUAUCGCUCGGGGGACGUGUUUCCUGAGCUGUUUCCACUCCGCGAGACGGACUUUACGCGCUUGGUUUGGGGGAUCAGGCCUAGCCGGCUGGCUAACAAACAAGCCUUCGCCGGAGUUGAAAGUUCACAGGUAAUAUGUGACAUAAAACAACCACUAUGACAUCCAGAUUUGGUAAAACGUACAACCGCAAGGGAGGCGAGGCCAAUUCCAAGUUCGAAGAAGUCUUCUCGAACAGGAAGCCCACCCUCACUACCAAAUGGGGCGAGACCACCUACAAGGCCCAGCUGGGGUCCAAAAGGCCUCACUUAAAGGCUGACGAGCUGUCCAAGAGGCCCCGGCUGGAGGAGAGUGACAGCGGGGACGAUCCGUUUGGGUUCGACAGUGACAACGAGUCCAUAAGCGUCGACGAGGGCGGCGUGACCGGAACGGUUGGUGAAAAUGUCGCUGUGGUGACAUCUGCUGCGGACAGUACGGCGAGUGCAAUGGCCAAUAUUUCAAGCAAGCCAGCAGUUGACACGAAGGCUGUUCAUAAUAACAAUAACAAGCCGUGGUACAAAAGUGAGAGCAACCAGACGCCGGCAUCCAUGAAGUCUUUGUCAACCACAACAGCCCCCAUGGCUCACAACUCCUCAGGGACCUAUAGGACCAUCUCCGCUCCUCAAACCGCCGUUGCGCAGUCUGCUGAUGUUCCAGGCGGCAGCGCAGAUUUCCAGACCACCUCCUCGUCUAAUCAUGAUGCACCACCGUCAGCAGAAGAAAGUCCCGAGCAGGUGCCUCCUCCGGAGCCAGUGGACAACAUCCGCCCUUCCCCGUUCACUCUCAGAGCUUCAAACUGCAAGAAAUACCAGCCACGCAGUCGGUCUAACAAACUAUUCGCAGAAGAUAACGCAGACGUGACCCCCGAAGUGGAAAGUGCUCCCGAGAAAUCCAACAGUGUCGUUUCUGCCUCGGCGAGCAACAAAACUGCCAACACAAAGGCGACGACGGCGAAGCCAGCGGGCAGGGGAGGCGGGAGGGUCCGUGACUACACGGUUCUACACCCCUCCUGCGUGUCUGUGUGUAAUGUCACCAUCCAGGACUCCAUUGAGCGCACCGUGGAAGAGCUAGUGACUCCGGCCACACCUGCGGACCUUGGAGAGGCGGGACAGAUGAAGAAGAAGUCAGAUGUGCAGCCUAAACCUCCAAGAUUCAGAACCACUCAUGUCAAGGUCAAGAAAACCAAGGCCGAGUCGAAACUGGAGUUCUUCGGCUUCGAGGACGCGGAGGCCCAGGAGGGCGACGGGACUUCUGAAGGCCCCGGUGGAGGGAAGAGCAGCUACAAGAUCAAGUAUUUUGGCUUCGACGACCUCAGUGAGAGCGACAGCGACGACGAGAGCUCCCACGUCAAGGAGAAGAAGGCCAGGACGUCUGCAACAGCGUUGGCCGCGCUCUGCUCCGGCGUGGACAGCCCCCACACCAGUGACUCCCAGGACAGCCAGGCCAGCAGCAAUACAGACACUUUUGACUUCUGUGACGACUCCAGUCCGGGGGGCACGGAGGGCCAAAAAGGACGCUCAGGGAAGCAAAGCGAAAAGUCCAAGGACCCCAGCAGCGGAUACAAGAAGAUCUUCAGUGGGCCCAAAAAGUCCCCUGCCAAAGCGGUCUACAACGCUCGACACUGGAACCAACCGGAGCCCGAAGAGAUCCCGACGCCGCCCCUCUCGAGAUCCCAAACGGCCCCGGCCACUUUAUCGAGUGGUGGAAGCAGCAGCAGCGGCGGCAGUGGCAGCAGCAAGGACAGCAACUCCCAUAAAGAUGACAACUUGUUCAAAGCCCCUCCGCCCCCGCCCAAAGUCAUUAAAUCAGAGACCAUCCCCACGCGACCCUACCAGGACAUCGUCACAGCUCUCAAGUGCAGGAAGGAGCACAAAGAGCUGUACACGGUAGUGCAGCACGUCAAGCACUUCAAUGACGUGGUGGAGUUUGGGGAGAAUCAAGAGUUCACUGACGACUUCGAGUACCUGGAGACGGGCUUAAAGAGCAGUCAGCCGCUCAACACAAGAUGCCUUAGUAUAAUCAGCCUGGCCACGCGGUGUGCCAUGCCCAGCUUCAGGAUGCAUCUGCGGGCCAGAGGCAAGGUGGCGCAGGUCUUCAAAAUGCUCAGUGACUCAGCGCAGCACCCGAACCUCGCCCUGUGCACGGCGGCACUCAUGUACAUACUGAGCCGCGACCGCCUCAACAUGGACCUGGACCGCGCCUGCCUAGAGCUGAUGAUCAAGCUGCUGGAGCUCGACCAGGACUACUCGGCUCACCAGGACCAGCUCACUGCCAAGGAGGUGGCCAAGGUCAAGGAGAAGAUCAGGAAGCUGUGUGAGACGGUGCACAACAAACACCUGGACCUGGAAAAUAUCACAACGGGCCACCUUGCAAUGGAAACGUUGCUCUCUCUGACGUCCAAAAGAGCAGGUGAUUGGUUCAAGGAAGAACUGAGACUCCUGGGAGGUUUGGACCACAUUGUAGACAAAGUGAAAGAGUGCGUGGAAAACCUGAGCCAAGAUGACGACAAGGAGAGCCUCGUAGCGUCUUUAUGGGGAGCCGAACGAUGUCUGAGAGUGCUCGAAAGUGUGACCGUGCAGAAUCCGGAAAACCAAGGUUACUUAAUUGCCUACAAGGACUCGCAGCUCAUAGUUUCCUCUGCAAGAGCGCUGUGCUACUGCGAGGAGAUGAUCCAGCGGUACAGCAGAGCGUUGAACAACAGCUCCUUGUCGGCGGAGUCGGACCCCACGCUGCCCCACUGUAGCUUCAGCAACGUGGGCAAGGCGGUGGAGGACUGCAUGAGGGCCGUCAUCGGCGUGCUGCUCAACCUCACCCACGACAACGAGUGGGGAAGUACGAAGACGGGCGAGCAGAAAGAGCUCAUUGUUACGGCGUUAAAUUGUGUUCUCCGGGUUCCACGCUUCAUCCCCCAGGAACAGCGCUUCGACAUACGAGUGCUGGGUCUGGGCCUGCUCAUCAAUUUGGUUGAGUAUAGCUCCAGAAACCGCCACUAUCUAGUGGACAUGGAGUACAACAUGGAUGACUUCUGUCUGGAAGACAGCCUGACGCAGCCUGCCGACACGACGCUAGGAGAUGCGUCGGCCGAGUCGGCGCCGUCAAACGUGGCCGAGACUCAGGAAGGCGGCGCGGAGAAGCCAAAGGCCUCUGGUGCUUUGGCUGCCCUGGUGAAGCUCUUCCUGGAGAGAGAACGAGCUGCUAUCCUGGCCGAGGCCAAAACGGACGACCUCAUCAGCGAGGCACCCAAGCCCCAAGACCAGAGCGGCGAGUGGAAGGAGACCAUGGGAGAGAUUCAGUGGGUGGCGGCCGAGCCCAACGACAACCAGCCUGAACCGGAAAAUCCAAAGAAAGAGGAGGAGGAUGAAGAGUUGGACCUAAACAAAGCUUUGCAGCAUGCCGGCAAGCACAUGGAGGACAGCAUUGUGGCCUCCUACACGGCUCUGCUACUGGGAUGCCUCUGCCAAGGCAGUCAGGUGAACGUGACUACUGUGAGAGAACACCUCCCCAAAGGAGACUUCUCCAUCAUGACUGAGAUGCUCAAGAAGUUCUUGAGCUUCAUGAACCUCACCUGUGCAGUGGGCACCACGGGGCAGAAGUCUAUCUCCCGGGUCAUCGACUAUUUGGAGCACUGCUAACAGCGGACGCCAAGACUAACAUGUCGACCGCACACCCUAAGGGGACGUUCCAGGUCGUCUGCCCAGAACCACGUGGCGGUGGGAAGGGGUACUUCCCUGAACCCGGCGAGUCACACACAACAGAACCAAAGCCAGCGAUCGCCGUCGAGAUUGGCCCCUCAGCCCACAAUGGGCGGGAAUGUCGGGAAGAGGAAAUUAAUGAAAUUUAAUGGAUUGUUCCCGUUUUCAUUUUUUAAUCGUCAAAAGCCAAGAGUGAAAUCGCUGACCAGCAUGAAGAAACAAUCACUUCCAUGCAUGUCGCAAUGAUGUCUCCAUGCAUUUACCGGCCCUCAUGUUUGCAGGUGAAUGUCAAGGGGGUCUUUAUGUAUUUUGGAAUUUCUCACAUUGCCCUUUUUUUUUUUUUUUUUUUCCUCAUUCACCUUUUGAGGACCUUUUAUUUGUUUUAUGAAUUAGGAAUCAGUUUUUAAUUAAAUCUGGACUGUUCUGAGUGAUAAUGGCUCAAUCUGGAUGUUUUAGCGUGUGUGUAUUUUAGAUUAUUUAAAUCCAACUACACAGUACAUAGCUUCACAAUGACUUUUAACCUUGCAGAUGUGAAUUUCUGUGUGCAUCCUGUUUUAAUUAUUUGUAAUCAUGUUUUUAAGUUAAUUCUCGCUCAUUUUUACUGUAGCGUUUAAAAAUUCAGAUUUUUAAUGUCAUUGGACAGCACAGUGGCUGGACAUACUUUAGACAUAAUGGACUCAAAAUGACACAUUAAAAUGCAACAGUUAUACUUAAAUUACGGUAGACUGUAGAUAUUUAGCCACUCAUUAGUAACGUCAUUCUCCAUGAACGAGAAAGUCGUGGUUCCUCUUGUGAGCACAAUUAAUACAUAUUUAGGUCAAUGAACUGCAACGUCAUGUAAAACCCAAACCAGCUCAACUAGAAUGUGACGUUUAUCUCAAGUUUGAUCUGUCAUGUAUGAAUUAAUUUGGAUGUGAUCAGAGUGAACUGUUUGUUAGCACAUCUGCCUUGCAGUCAGGGGUUCCGGGUCGGAAUCUGGGUGUGCGCAAGCUUUCGCCCAUAUCCCCCAAAAACCUGGAUUUCAGAAUAAUUGAAGACUAAAUUGUCUUUAGGUUUGAAUGUUAACACUUGUCUAUAAGUGCCCUGUGGUUGGCACCGUCAGGAUAAGAAAAUGGAUGAAAAUUUAGUUGCUUAUCUGCUAUUAUGUAAGGAAAAUUAUUAGUUUUAAAACGUGGUGUCUGCAUGUCCAGCCAUAUGUCCACAAUCUUCCCCCACUACACAUAUUUAUAUUCCCCCCACCUGUUGUCAUUCUAGCCAUGUCUGUCUAGGUGGACGUCAUCCGCUCUGCCCAUGGGCCGCUACCCCUCAGUUAUGAACUUUGACCUUGCAAAAGUCUGCUCUGUAUGGAAUUGUAGAAUGUAAAUACUGGUGUACAUAGGUGAUUGAUGAACAUUGACAAAGAUGCUUAGACUACUUUUUGCUUCCCUUCUACCGCCUUUUCACCUACACCCCCCCCCCCCCCCCCCCCCCUUUGCUUACCUUGAAGCUGAUAUUUUUAUUUUAUACAAUAUUUCUGUCAUUUGGAAAAAGAAAAAAAAGGAGUGAGGAAAAAUAAAAUGUUUGUACCCGU